AAACCAAUCAGCCUUUUUUUCUUUUUUUCUCUCAGAUUCAUUCAAAGCUGCUCUGUAUAAAUCUAAACGGAGAAUAGUUGAAGCUUUCGUAGAGUGGCGAAAUCGAUGGCGGAUUAUCAUUUCGUGUACAAGGACGUGGAAGGAACGUCGACGCAAUGGGACGAUAUCCAGCGGAAGCUUGGGAAUCUCCCGGAGAAGGCUCCGGCAUUCAAACCUCCGGCUUAUACUCCGGAACAAGACGAGUCUUCAGCUCCAAAGGACCAAGCUUGGUUCGAUAAGAAAACAGAGGAGGAGCUUGAGGAUCUUGAGGACGACAAGGAUCUCGACGACGAUCGCUUCCUCGAAGAAUACAGGAAGAAGAGGUUAACAGAGUUGAGAGAAGCUGCUAAAGUUAGGAGGUAUGGAUCAGUGACUCCCAUCUCGAGCUCUGACUUCGUGCGGGAGGUUACACAAGCUUCUGCUGAAGUUUGGGUUGUUCUCUGUCUCUACAAAGAUGGUUUUGCAGAGUGUGGUUUGCUAUUGGGUUGUCUAGAUGAAUUGGCUGGCAGAUACCCGGCAACGAAGUUUGUUAAGAUUAUAUCCACUGAUUGUAUUCCUAACUACCCUGAUUGCAAUCUGCCUACCUUGUUGGUGUACCAUCACGGCGCCGUUAAAGGAACCCAUGUAGGCUUGAAGAGUGUUGGCCGUAGGUGCACCCCAGAGAGUGUAGCCUUAAUUUUGUGUCAGUCGGAGCCAGUACUUAACGAUGGCAAAAGUGGAGAUGAUGAGUCUUCAAGGGAAGCUGUGAUGGCUGGAGUUCGAAGACAGUUCAUAGAACGAGUGGUGAAAGACCAUGAAGAUAAGGAUAAUGAUGAUGAUGGUUACAAUAGCGAUUAGAUAACUCUUAAAGCUUCUCUAUUUUUUCUCUGUUUUUUUGCUUGUUGCGGUUUUGACUGGUAAACACAAAAGUGUUUUGACUUCAUUUGUAUUGUAAUGCUUUCUCAAAAAUCUUCUUGUUAUUUUAAAUGAA